CUAUCGAAUUUGUCCAAUCGGUUACGCAACAGAGGGUUAAAAAAGGACGAGGUUGAAGAGCUACUAGCCGCAAAAAUUCCGAACGAAUAGUUUAUCCAUCUUUGAAGCGACACGGUCGAUAAUCCCGAUAUCGUCGUUCAACCCCCGCGAAACAAGAGAAGCCAUGAGGGUUGUUCGCAAGCUCCACCCCUAGCCGUAGUCGUUCGCCCAACGAGCGCGUUUCAUCGAAGGUUCUCCGAGGUUGAAGUUAACCAACGGGAACGCGGGACCGCGACGCAGGCGUCCAUGAACGACGAAUAAACGUGCCCGCAGAGGGGUUGCUUUCGAAAGGGGCAGGUUCAAAAUCACAGGACACCGAGAUCGUCCUGACGUGGACAGCAUCGACGCCCUCAGAACGAAGGUGACACUGGUCGGCAAGCUUUCGUUACCGUGAUCUAACCUCGCGACAGAUAGAUUUUUUUAAUUUUUUUUUUGUUUUUAUUAACAGCAAAGUGUCCUAAACUCGUUCGCCGCUGGACAGAACGCGGGAUAUGAGCUACACCGAACAGUUGUGGGAGAUCAAUGGAAAUCAAGCACCAGUGAUUACAGCGGACAUGUCGCAAUACGUCAGCGGCGAACUCGGAAGCUAUCCUGUGUGGGACAGUUCGGUUUUGUAUCAAGCACCACCGCCUUCGCAUUCUCAUGUCAACGAUCACGGAUUGUACAGACAACCAUGCGCGUUGCUUCACCAGAGUCGAUACACGCCUAAUGGGAGGUCGCCGAAUCUUCCAUCAUCAACCACGAAGAAGCCAAGGCGUCGCGUGGCGACAGUUUCGCAAAGAAGAGCCGCGAACAUCCGCGAAAGGCGUAGGAUGUUCAACUUGAACGAAGCUUUCGACAAGUUACGCAGAAAAGUACCAACUUUCGCGUACGAGAAGCGAUUAUCGAGAAUCGAGACUCUACGUUUGGCGAUCACUUACAUCGCAUUUAUGGGAGAAUUGUUGGGAAUCGAACCGAGCAGUCCAAAGCCAGAAUACAUUCCGAGGGAGUAUUAUUUGCCAAAUUAAACGCCGAACACCGAGCACUUAACUCUUUGCGGUUGAAAUUUUCAAAUUUCGGUACAUCUUCGUCGAGCCUCUCUCGACGUAAGACCGGCAAACGGUUAACUAAUGGGUUAAUAAAUAACGUAAGUUCAUCGAUAAGUGAAUCGACGGAGCGAAUCAAUGAGAACGACCGCGUAGGUGUUGUAAAAUUAAAAAUAUAUAUGUACAACGCAAUAAGAAUCCUAAUUUCCCACGUAUUUAAAUAAAGCGAGAUGAAAACAUGGUAAAUAAAUUCGACGCGCGCCGAACAUGGUAAAUUCAAUGUGUUUUACGUAUGCACGCAUGUAGGUAUUGUGAUCGAGUGUGAAACGAGCUCCGAUGUACGAGCUAUAGUUAAGAACUAUCCCGAAAAAGAGAAGAAAGAAAAAAAACAUUAAUUAACACUUAAUGUUUAUGUGAUUUUACGAAGUAAGGUGAAAAUCCGUGUCUUCCAUAAUUAAUGAAAAAUUUGCGUAUUAUAUGUAUAUUGUCAUUAUAUUUAAAUAUAAGACAUACAAAAACUGUCAUCAAUGUAUAUGUGUGUGUACAUUCCCCAUCUAUAGUGUGAUGUUGUUACAGUUUCCCCACAAAAGUAAUAACCCUGUGUUUGUGUAUACCGCUAGUCUAAUAGAGUUAGAUCUCAAAUGGAGGCGUUUUUCAGGUCUCAAUUUUGAGUGUACGCGAGCUUUCUACAGAGUAUCACUAAUGAAUGUAGUUACAAUUAACAAUAUCGAUAGUGAAAUGUAGUUCAAUUAGAAACGAGAUUCGAACACGAUCUUAUUCAUUCCAUCGUUUUUCCACCGUCUAUAUUUGAUGUUAUAGAUUGUAAUAAAAUUGGAAGGUA